AUGACCAAGCCCUAUAGCCAACGUCGUCCACUGGUCCAGCCGGCCGUCCCGCCGCCGUACCGCGACCAGUACCGCAUCGGGCUCAUGGACCUGUCCAUGGACCAGCUGUGGAACCCGGACGCCGACCAGUACAAGGUGUUCUGCCGCAUGGUGCACGUCACCAAGGCCGCGCUGCACAUCGGCUACAUCCAGAUGCUGAUCAGUUUCGCGUUCAGCAUCUUCUUCGGCUACCACUACAUGAUGGCGGUGACCGGGCAUCUGUCCGCCGACCACUGGGUCAACCAGUACACGGCGAGAUACAUCAGUCAGCUGCUUUUCGCCGUGUCGAUGCAGCUGAUCCUGGUGGUCGUUAUGUUGCACGGAAUCCGAAGCGAGAGAAGAGUCAUGUUGUUGCCGUACAUUGGCUAUGCCGCUAUCGCCAUUUUGGCCGGAUGCGCACAGGUAAGGAGGUGAAAUUGAGGAUUUGGGACGUUUUAUAUGAUGAAACAUGUUUGAUCGGAUAAAAUGUCCUUGAUAACAAAAAAUUUUAAUAGGCGCAAAUCGAAUGCUCCUACAGCCAAAAACAAACACGCUCUUACGAAAAGUUUCAUAGUUUCCUUCAAAAGAGACAUUUUAUAUGAUCAAAUAUUUUUUGUCGUAUAAAAUAUCUCUCUUUGAAGGAAAAUAUAAAAAAUUUGAAAGAACUUGCUUGUCCGAGCUGUAGGAGCAUUCGCUUUUUCCUGUUAACAUUCUUUGUUAAGAAAGACAUUUUAUACGAUCAAACAUGUUUCAUCGUAUAAAAUGUCUAGAGUCUCGAGUAGUAGAUAAAUGACAUAAAAAACUGACUGUUUUGUCCGAACAUUUCUUCUAACAUGGGGUUUGCCAUAUUGUUUAGCAAAUUCUGAGGGCUUGGACAUGUUAUACGACGAAACGUGUCUACAGUAUCCUAAAACGCCAAAUAAAUACCUUCUAAUCAGAAAUUUCUACUCAAAUGUUUUCAGAUCACCACCGACUUUGUGAACAUUGACCGCAACCAGACGCCCGAGCAACGCGCCUACUCCUCCUCCCAAUUCAUCGGGCACUUGGUCGGGACCCUGAUCCACGCCUGGUGCCUGUCCGUGGUCUGGCGCUGCUACGCCUUCUUGGGCGAGAAGAAGGUGGCCAGACAGAUCAGCGAGCAGCUCGCCGCCACCCACAACGCCUUCCAGUACCCCGACCAGUUGUUGGGAUGCCAGAUUCCGCAGCCGCCCGCCUACUUCGAAGUGGUCCCACACGAAAACCAAGGGGAAGAGGAGAAGGCCGAGGACAAGAAACCGCUGAAUAAUGUUGUCUAA